AAUGAUUGUUGUUUGUUGCCUUUCAAUUACCAGGCGUUUCUAGAAUGAGUCCAUUUGAAAAUCGUGAGUUGAUGUAUAAGAAAUAUGAGAGAGAAGGUGUUGUUAGUCAAGAAUGGGUGGACAACGUGGUUGAGUUUGUAGAGUACUGUGAGUCAAGUCCCAAUGUAGAUAGGUUGGAUAACAAGAAAAUGCGAUGUCCUUGCAAGAAAUGUAAGAACAUCAAGUUUUGCUCAUCAAAGAUUAUGCUGGAGCACAUUUUGCGGUUUGGAUUCACACCCAAUUACUUUGAUUGGGUAUGUCACGGGGAGAAUCAUGGUGACUACGUACCUCCACAACAAUGUAAAGUCCCUCGUCAAGCUGAUGCCUCAGAUGUAUCACAUGUCCCGGGUAGAGAACAGUUUGUACACAUGAUUUAUGAUGCAGUCGGCCCGACUAGGAUAAACUCUGUUCUUGAAGAAGAGCCGAAUUCGACAGACAAACACUUCUUCGAAAUGUUGAAAGCUGCUGAUACAGAUCUUUGGCCGGGGAGUUCUAAGAUGUCUAAGUUGUCUGCAGUUGCACGCUUGUUGAAUAUUAAGUUAGAGCAUAAUCUAUCUGAGCGUUGUUACGACACCAUAUGUCAAUACAUCAAAGACAUUCUUCCGGAGGACAACUCAAUGGUGAAUGACUUUUAUGAAACUAAAAAGAUGAUUGAAGAGAUUUCACAAGUGUAUGUAAGGUUGUGCGCAAAUGAGAUUAAAGAGUCUACAUCACAGAUUAGUGAAGAAUCCCUGUUGAAACGUGUAGAGGAGACGUUUGCAAAUUGGUUCCAGAAACACGUAGAGAAUGAUAGGUCUGUCCCAGAAAUAAUCACUGAUGUGGCCAAGGGUCCCUUAUCAUUUGCCAAGUCAUACCCAAUAUACUUUGUAAACGGCUACUGCUUCCACACAGUAAAACAUGGUUCAAAGCGUGCAGUGUACAACAGUGGGGUAUCUAUUACGGGCGAAUAUGGAGAGUACUUUGGGGUAUUAGAGGAGAUACUUGAAAUUGAGUAUCCAGCUUUGCCACUUAAACAUUGUGUUUUGUUUAAAUGUCGAUGGUUUGAUCCGAGGUUGAAUCGGGGGACACGAAUAUACAAGAAGUAUGGUUUACUUGAGGUGCUUAAGAAGGGAGAGUUUAACCGAUAUGAGCCUUUUAUUUUUGGGUCACAAGCAAACCAGGUUGUGUAUGUGGAAUACCCUUGCACGCAAAAGACUAAGAGUGAUUGGAUUGCAGUGUGUCAUGUUCACCCUAGAGGUAAUUGGAUUGAAUCAGGAAAUACACUAGAAUCAGUAGACAAGGUGCAACAGGAACCUUUUCAAGCAAAUGGGAUGACCGAGAGAACCACAAUCAUGGAAGUGACACAAGAAGAUGAACACAUUAAUCUAUCACGAGAGGGAGAUGCGAAUUUCGCUGACGAUGAUAGUAACGCAGAAGAUGAGGCAUCUAGGGUUGGGGAGAGUAUUGAGGAUCAGGAGGAUGGAGUUGGCGAUGACCAUGACUUCGAGGACUGCUUUGGCGAGGGACGCAGUGGCGGGGCGCGUGAUGGUGAGGACGGGGUCCAUGAUAAUGUGGACCAACAGGGUGGAUAUCACGAGGGUCCCGGUCAUCAUGGUCAGUUCGUGGUUACAAUCACUAGAGCUGGUGCUGCGCUCAUCACACCAGCAUUCUACGAGAGGACGGACGCGACUGGCUUUUCGUGGGGCAAAGUCUCAAAGACGACGAAGGAGUUCUACUUUCGAGAGUUUAAGGGCAUGCUGAGGAAAGCUUUUCUCAAGAAAGCUGCUGAACGGUACGCGAGUUAUACAUACAAUCAAAGGAACCCAACUCGAUUGAAAAAGAAGAAGAUGGACCCUCGGCCACUUGAGCAGUUGAAGAAGGUUUGGGAAGAGGAUCCAGAGUUUUUGGAGUUGAGUAAGACAAAGAAGAAGAAUAGAAGAAAGGGAAAAGAGGAUGGUCCUUCUUGGAACACGGGUUUACGCCUAUGUCGUACUAAGCCGUGUUUGUUUUAUGACAGGUUUUGAUAAUGCCAAACCGCCGUGACAAUAACAAGGUUAAACUGAG